AUGACCAUAAUUUACAAUGUGUGUACAAUUAUUGGGCAGCAAAUUCAGAUUCACCAGAAAAAGAAGGUUAUAAAGUAUGCUUUUGAUUUCGCUUUUGAAUAUUACAAUCACGGUAUUGGAAGACUAUAUCUUCAUCAUCUCGAUUUUUUACUAUUUGUGGGCAAAUACGACCAUUUACAAUGUGUACAAUCUUAUUGGACAGCGAAAUCUAUUCCAUCAGGCCAAACUGAGUUACAUUUGGACGAAUUUACAGGCCUUGUAAAUUGGAUUUCCACAAAAAAUAAUUAUGUUGUAGAAGAAUUUCUUGAGAAAAGGAUCGCAGUAGCUAAGGUUAUAAAUGAUGCUUAUAAUCUUGCUUAUGUCCAUUACGGUGUUGUUCAGGAAAAAGGUUUUAGUGAGUUCCAAUUUUUAGAUUUUGUCGGUAAGGACAUAACAAAUGAACUACUUGUAUAUCAUUACUGGAUAGCGAAUCAUAUUCCACCAAAAAACCGAGGUAAUAUUUUUUUUAAGGAAUUCGCGGACCUAGUAAAUUUGAUUAUCUUUAAAAGAUAUGAUCUAAUAAAGUUUAUUAACAAGCGAAUGGAAAAAAUAAGUAGCUAA